AUGGAUAUCAAGGGCUCCACAGCAAUGAUUUCUACUUCAUCUCCACCCCAAAACUGCUCUGGGAAUACAAAUUUUAAGAUCACCUCUUCUAACAACAGCUGCUUUCAUGGAGCUACCAAGUCCAACAGCUGUCAAUCAACUGGUCAUGUCCUAAGAACUCCCCAGGGUCAAGGCUAUCAACGAACCUCUUGCCUUGGUCGCAUCCCAGUCUAUUUGAUAAGCAACUACAAUGUCCAUCCCAGUCUUGAUGACUGCAGCUGGUAUGGUGAAGGCAUCAACAGUCAUGAGAAAGAGACCAUGCAGAUCUUGAAUGACCGCCUUGCAAGCUACUUGGAAAAGGUACGAAUGUUGGAACGAGAGAACGCAGAACUAGAGGGCAGAAUUCAGGAGGACUGUAACAAGGAGCUCCCUGCCCUGUGUCCCGACUACCUGUCCUACUAUACCACCAUUGAAGAACUGCAGCAGAAGAUCUUGUGUACCAAGGCUGAGAAUUCCAGACUGGUCUCACAAAUUGACAACACCAAACUGGCUGCAGAUGACUUGAGAGCCAACUAUGAAGCUGAGCUAUCCCUACGGCAACUCGUGGAGGCCGAUGCCAACGGCCUGCAGCAGAUCCUAGAUGUGCUGACUCUGAGCAAGGCUGACCUGGAGGCACGGGUCCAGUCUCUGAAGGAGGAGCUUCUGUGCCUCAAAAGCAGCCAUGAAGAGGAAAUCAAUUCCUUACAGGGCCAGCUUGGGGACAGAGUCAACAUUGAAGUAACCACUUCCCCUUGUGCUGAUCUAAAUCAGAUUCUACAAGAAAUGAGAUGUCAGUAUGAGUCCAUCAUGGAGACCAACCGUAAGGAUGUGGAACAAUGGUUCAACACGCAGAUGGAGGAACUGAAUCAACAAGUAGUAAGCAGCUCUCAACAGCAGCAGUGCUGUCAGAAGGACGUCCUAGAACUGAGACGAACCAUGAGUGCCCUGGAGAUUGAACUGCAGGCCCAACACCGAAUGCGAGAUUCCCAGGAAUGUAUCCUGGCAGAGACAGAGGCCCGCUACACAGCCCUGCUGACCCAGAUCCAGAGUCUCAUCCAUAACCUGGAGGCUCAGGUGGCAGAGAUCCGGAGUGCCCUGGAAAGACAGAAUCAGGAGUAUGAGGUUCUGUUGGAUGUCAAGUCCCGGCUAGAGUGUGAGAUCGCCACAUACCGCAGCCUUCUGGAGAGCUUGGAUGACAAGCUUCCCUGUAACCCAUGUGCCACCAAAUGUGAACCAUCCACUGGUACAUCCUGCAAGUUCCGAGCCACGGAGUGCUCUGCCCCAGUCUACACAUCUUCAUCACUCCCUGGGAUUCACAAGCCCUGCAAUGUCUCUAGACCUCCAUCUCGGAUACUGGUUAAGAUACGCACCAUCACCAAGGAGAUCAUGGAUGGGAAGGUCGUUUCUUCUUAUGAGCACGUGCAGCCUUGCUAUAUCACGAGAUCUGCCAAAGUCUAA